AUGCAAUCCAUCUCGUAAGUUAUCAUUUAAUUUAAAACUUAAAAAUUAUAUUUAUUUUCUUAGCGCUGUCUUGUUCGCUGUUUUGAUCUGCUCUGGAUCGGCUCAAUUGGCUGCCUGGCCAUCACAAAGCUAUUCUCCAUACUAUCAAUCUUUGUUCGGAGCUGCUAGCACUCCAGUUCUUUCUGCUCCAGUUGCCAGAACUGCUCCAUCAGCUGUACCCAUUAGCUGCACCGAUUGCUGCUCCAGUUUUCGCCGCACCAGCUCCACUUUUGGCUCCUCCAGCUCCACUUUUGGCUCCUCCAGCUCCAGUUUUGGCUGCUCCAGCUCCAGUUCUCGCUGCUCCAGCUUUUGCACCACCUCCAGUUUUGGCCGCCGCCCCAGUUGCUCCAAUUCUCCGUGGUCCAGCUUACAACUACGCCCCAUCCCCAGUUUUGGCACCAGUUGGUGUUGCUGCUCCAGUUUUGGCUGCCCCAGCUGUUCCAGCAUUCGCUCCAGCACCAGUUCUCGCAGCUCCAGCACCAGUUUUGGCUGCCCCAGCCGUUCCAGCUUAUGCUCCAAGACUUGUGCCAGCUUAUUCUCCAUUCGCCAGAGCUGCCAUGUUCAUCGGAUCAAACAAAGCCAAGACGUUAGUUUUCACCUCACAUCUGUUCAAUUUGAGUUUAACUUUUAUUAAUUUUCAGAGCAUAA